UUGUUCAAUGGGUCGACAAACGUGCAAAGAACUGACACUGUCAUCGCCAUUCUCUCGGGAUUUGUAUUUGUGAAUUCGGCUCGAGAAGAAAACUAUCUAAAAAUGGCAAGUUUAGUCACCAAGAGUCAAGGACUUGUUUCGACUUUGAUCCGCCAAGGAACACCAAAAUUCAACACUUUCCUUAAAUACGCCAAGGUUGAGUUGACUCCACCUUCUCCCGCUGACAUCCCAGCCAUUCGUGAAGGAAUCGGCCGAUUGCUUAGCGGAGCCAAGAAUGGAGCUUGGAAAAAUGUGACUGUCAAGGAGGCCACUGUUAACACUGUAGUCACAAUGGAAGUCAUUUUCUGGUUCUACAUUGGCGAAUGCAUCGGUAAACGCCACUUUGUCGGAUAUGAUGUCUAAGCUUUGGUAUUUUUUGGUGUAGCGAUUUAAUUGCGAGUAAAAACAAUAAAAAAUGAACACGUUAAAGUAAAUUGA